AUGUGGUACUUGAAGUCAUCACAAGUUACCAACACUUGCAUUGGAUGUUUGCUGCUGGACACUGACUACAAUAACUUUCCGGCUUAUAAACGUCCACAAAAUGAGACUGUUAUGCUGGCUAGUUUAAUGAUCUUUAUAACAGUUAUGGAUAUCCUUGGAAAUGUACUGCUGAUUGUGUCGGUUUUACAAAACAAAAAGCUGAGAAAUGCAGGGAAUAUCUUUGUUAUUAGUUUAUCUGUUGCUGACCUGAUGGUUGCAGUCUAUCCUUACCCUUUACUGAUUAAUGCAAUUUUACAAAACCGGUGGACCUUGGGAGUAGCACAAAGCAAGGCGUGCUCAAUCAUGAUUAUGAUCAGCUUUGGUGGAUCUAUGUACAACAUUAUGGCGAUUGCUGUUAAUCGAUAUUGCUGUAUUUGUCACAGUCUCAGUUAUGAAAAGUUGUACAGCAUGAGAAAUACUUACUAUUAUACCCUACUAACAUGGUGUAUCAGUAUAGCUAUACAGGUUAUUAUAAUUUUCUUUGGUACAUUGCAAUAUAACCCGAGGUUAUAUUUCUGUGUAAUUGUGCUAAAUGUAAAUGUUUCCUUAACUACAGGCCUAGCAUUAUUUCAUUUUAUAAUACCAGUGACUGUUGUGAUUAUUUGUUAUUCAAGGAUAUGGAUCCUAGUCAUUCAAGUCAGGUAUCGAAUCAGACAAGAAGGAAAGCAAACGUUGAUAACUCUUGAUUUAAAACAUUUUGUAACCAUGUUCAUGGUCUUUGCUCUUUUUUCUGUCUGCUGGGGACCACUGUGUAUUUUAGGUCUAGUUAUUGCUUUUAGCCCAGUGAAGCAGGUGCCUUCAUUUCCUGACUGGAUAUUUGAUUUAGGCUUUUAUAUGGCUUCAUUCAAUAGUUGCUUAAAUGGCAUUGUGUAUGGUGUUUUUAACUCAAAUUUCCGGCAAGAAUAUAUAAGAAUAAUACAGGCUGUUUUUCAUUUUAUAAGUAAUAGAUGUGAGAGAUGGAAGAGAAAGUGUAAUGGUUAA